AUAGAGAAAGUGCAAAAUUAAUACAGGCUUAAGCACAUGGGAAAAAACAUUCAUUUGGGCUCAAAAUUCAGAUAUUGCAAAGUCCUCGUUAUUUUGUGGCAAUUUAUAAAUAACAAACAAAACGUAAAAGAUGUGAACACAGGUCAUUAUUCUCAAGAGCUUUCUUUCUACAACAUGCAAAAAAAAUAAUCCCAGAAUCUAGUGUCAGAUGAUCCAAAAGUAACGACUACAAACUCAUUCAGCAGCUCUGUAAAGAGGGCAAGUUAAAGGAGGAAGUCAGAGGAAAGUAGUGGACACUUGGCAAAUGGAAAGCUGCUUACAAGGCUGGAUGAAAACAGUUGUGAAGCUGAGAGCAAAGAAAAACAAUACAGAGAGAAGAAUUCGCACGUACGAAAUGACAGCAACACAGGCAUACUGACAGAAUACUGAGCAGCUGAAUUUCAUGUCAAAGAGGGGUGAAAACCAUGUUGAAAAGAAGCUGAAAGAUUUGUGUGCAGGUUUUCGGUACCACUGCACAACUACAACGUGACUCAGGAGUAUCAUGGAGGAGGUUCUCUCAGUCCAGGGACUAGGAACACCAGUAUAAAGCACGGUGAGGUACACGAGCUCCAGAACACGCGUUUUGGGAAAAGGGCGCCCUUGGUCUACAGACAUCAAUACAUGCCGUACAUUUACCAACUUGCAGACUGGUAGCACAAUGCAAAGGACUUGUAAGACAGAAGGCGGAAGAUAAGUGUUUUCAAUUAUGUUGAAUUACUGCCUAGUAUUUGUAGGGGGGAAGGAAGACCUUUUGAAUGUUCCUGCUCCAGAAAAACAUGAAACAAACGUUUGGGGUAUUACACCGAUUCACACAAACCUCCUCAAACUCCUUUCUGUACGAGCUCUUUCAAUCAGCAAGGCUCAGGUCUCCAGGUCCCCUCCCCACUGCGACCUGGGGAUCAGUCACACAGGAACCCCAGGACCUUUUGCAGGCCGGCAGCACCUUUUCUGUACCUGUCCUUGUGCUGCCCACAGAAAUGCAGCACAGAAGCCACAAAGAGACUGUGGAUUUAUAGGGAUAUACAGAACACAAAAAUUCUGUUUAAAGACAUGGCAUUUUUAAAGGUCCAUGCCGACUUUUAAGCUGCAAAACCAUAAUAUUGCAAGAAGGACGUUAAGUAGAAACGCAAGGUGAAGCUGUCGUUGUUACCCCAGAAUAAAAACUUCGGACGGUGCGAGCUGUUAACUUUCAACAGCCUGCACUGCUAGCUUUCAAAAUCUACUGGUUAAUGAAUUAUCCUUUUAAAGGAGAUUUUUGCUUUUCCUACCUUUUUAAAGAAAAUCCAUCAGGCGCAAGAUAUCCACGUUACCAAAAGCACUCAGUGGUUUGUUAGUUCUGAGCCUACUGAGAUUUUUUAAGCCUGAAUUCUUUGUGUGUAUGCAGAAAUAUGCUCUCACACUCGGCAGUUAUGUUUACAAACGCAUGCCAGAUGAUCCUAACAGGCCUCAUAUAGAUGAAAAUCUCUUUCUCCAUGUUCAACCCUUCAUUUUUCUCCUUUACAAUUUUAUCAGUCCGAGUGUAACAGCAGAUAACUACCCACUAACUGGCAGCGCACGUAUAUACAUCAUUUAUAUACUGUGGUCUCAUGUCCCCUUACAUGGUGCAGUUGUACCAGGAACUGUAAAUCCCCGAUUAUCUUACCAGUUUUGGUACCAAAACAGAUUUAAUAGCAACACACUACACCACAAGGCACUGAAAGAAAACGGAUGAACGUACCAUAUGAUUACGGUACGGCACCCACACCAAGGUGCCGUGGAUACUAACGAUUAGAUGCAGCAACUGCAUUUCAGAAUAAUGCUUCUCUCACGUUUCCUACCAGCACUUCAUACUCUUGACAACGAUUCACAAGGCAAACGUUCCUCUUCGUAGCACAGUCCGUGAAACAGCCAGAGAAGUUAAAGAUACUCACUUCAUUCCUCUGCCAGGAUUUCGUAUUUUUCCCUUCCUUAAAUAUUUACGAUUCUGCUAAGCCAUGUGAUGUGCUAUACAGGCAGCGGCUGGCACCAGAGUUUUUUUGAUUGCUCCUUACUAUCUAUUGCUUUGUCCUUCUCUGGGGGAUAGUUGCAGAAUAACCCAAGCAAAAAUGCUUUCCUGUGAGAGAAAUUGCCAUAGUUUAACCAAGCUCAUUCUCAGAAAGUUUCCCCUGCAAAUUAAUCCCCAUUUUUCAUCCUAUUUUCAGAGCCAGACUUCUGUUACAGUAUUAAAGCAGAUGACAGACAGAAUACUGAAUUCCAUCAUAAAGUGAAGUCAACAGAAGCACUGAAAAUGUCAGUAUCUUAAAUGCAAGUUUUUAAAGGUGCAGUUUAGCAGAUCUCUAUGUUCAGCUGGAGAAAUAGCCAAACAGCGGGCUUUCUAGGCCUCCUGUACAUUUAGAAAAGGGUUAUACAAAUGAAUCAAUGCGUACUUCCAAAUAAAUUAUGAAGCUUUAAAGCAGACAACACAGCCUUAAAAAGUGUGCGGAAACUCUUGGAUAUUUAAAGUUCGCUUUUAUAGGAAAGACAGAAAACCUGCACACUUAGGCUUUCAGAACAUUGUCCCUCACAGAAGGUUUCUGAAGCCGAACAGUUUAUACAAGUUUCAGAUAAGGAAAGCAAGAAAUUUGAGUAGGUUAAUCAGGUGCAGCCGAUCCUCCAAGCUGAGGGUUUACAUCCAGAAGGAGUUUCCAUCAUCCCGUGCUCUCCUCCUCAUACCCUGCCUGCACACACAGCUGUGUCCAAGUUAUCUCGUCCCAGGAUGCUCUGAGCACAUCGGAGUUGGGCUGAACCACCAGGCUAUCUUCUCCCGGCCUCGCAGACUCUCAGGAUGCCGUUUUCUCAUUUUGCUGAACGAGCUUUCUCCAGAGGGGACUGCCAGUGGCACGGAGCUGGCUCCAGCGCUUCCUCUAUGCCAUCAGAGGAUCCGUUAUCCCAAAGUCCCUUUCCACUCCCAGUGUGGCACGAAAGGCACAAAGACUGGCAUGGGUUCAGCUCUAUUAUCACCCGCUACAGACUGACGCUUGUUGCUGGAGCAGGGGUUAGACAACACGUACUUCAUGGCAGUCCACCAGCUCCUGUAACCACUGCCACCUGCUUAUGAAGUCUACGUUCAGCACACGGCCAGUACCACGUAUGAAAUGCAUGCAGGCUGGAAGGCACUGACACUUACAUCUUCGGGAAGUGCUGACAUCCAAAUCCGCACAGACGUUUGCCAGGAUUUUCUAAAUGCCUAAAUUUUGUUACAGUGAAGUUUGGGUGAUCUCCACUUAAGGGACGACCGGCAUUUUAACCAUCUAAGAAUCUUUAAAAACCUAAUCCAGCCCCUAAAGAGAAACAGUCCCUCUGCAUCACCCUUUGCUAAUAAGAUAGAGGUGGGGGGGGGGCGCUAAGCCUCCAACCUAAACGGAGCACCUGUACCUAACUGGCCCCCUAAGGCAGGGGCUGGCUUCUGCUUGCUCAGCUUUCCGGAGGAUGCUAAAUGCGUCAGGGCACACUCAAAAACAUUAGCAGGUUCUUUAAUCAGUGGUGCUCACACGGGCCACGUGAAACCCCUAAAUUCCCUCCUCUUGAGACGAUUCAUACCCAAAGCUUAGGUUGAGUGUUCUGUGGCAGGGAAAGGCGUAGUCCUCACCCACUCUGUUGAAACUUGGGUACUUUGCCUAAAAGAAACCAAGGUGCUGUACAACAGAGAAGGAACACGCAAGUUAGCACGAUCUGGUACAUCACUGCAUGGGGGAAACCAACAUGUAAAAGGAAGGGCUAGGGGCUGAUCCUUGGUCUUAGGACUCCGUCUGAAUUUUCUUCAGUGCCUAACAAGGGUAAAGUCGCCCGGCUCCUGCAUGGAUGACCACUACGUGCAUUGCCCCAGGUCUCUCAGAAGGCCCCCUGGCAGAGGCAGGCAGAGGAACCAGUUCUUCUGGAUUGCUGCGGCUGUCUGCUGGCCACAAGACGCUAACUUUUCUUUACCAGAAAAGGUUAACGUGCUUUUGUCCUCUACAUAUCCAACCUAAGUAGAUGUAUUUGUUUGUUUCUUUGUUCUUUCCAGCUAUCGCUAAUGUUCUGGAGAAAAAGCUGUGAGUUUGUAUAUUUACAACAAAACACACGUUGGGUUCUAAAACCCAUGCCCAAGGAGCAGCGCACGGUAUUUGGAAGAUAAAACUUGCCAGCUGAAAGUCUUCUAACCUGAGGCCAGUUGUUUCGACUUUCUCCCUUCCUAUCGCCAAAAAUCUAAUUCAGAUUUUCAUCCUACAGGGAUUCUUUUUUUAUUGACCCGAGGAGCUACCAUUUUAAACUCCAGUUUUUCUGUUUUUACCCCCCUCAGUCUUUGUUUCUUCCUCCUUUACCACUCGAUACCACUCCCUUUUGAAAAAGCUACUUAGCUGUUCUCCCUGGUUAUCAUCCUACUCGCCUUUACUAGAAUUUACCAGAAGAUAACAAGAAAAUAGGCCAGCCGCAUUAAAAUUUGUGGUACUGGUACCCUAUUGCAUUGUGAUUUCAGAAGACCCUUUCCGUACCCAUUCACAAAAAGCUGUACCACAGGAAGCAGCAAUGCAGCUGUUGCACAUUUUCCUUCCACCAGAGCCCAAAUCAAGGCAUGAAAGAAACACGUUGGGAACGGUUAAUACCGAUUAGCCCACGUCCUUCAUCAGGAGAAUCUCAAAGCUUGCAUCCAGUGAUUCAAGAAGGGGAAAAAAAAAGCCAACAAUUGAGGUAUGUUCUCCUGUUACCCCCAAACCUCAGUUUGCAGUUGAGGCGUUUGCCAAAUCGCUGCCUCAGAACGGUUUUCUCUAUUUAUAAAAGCGGUAUUUAUACACAUCAGCAUUUCGAGAGUGGAGGGCACAGCACUAGGAUGCUAUGCGAGUGCCAUUAAUCGCAACGCAAAUACAAACAAAACUUCACAUGUGCAGAAUAAAACCAUGCACAAUGGAAUCUGGCCAAAGUAAUUAAAACUUAAUGCCGACUUAAUAGUCCAACUGCAGACCUGCCAAAGUGCCACGUGUUACCCAACUGAACGCUCGUCAAAGCGACCAGCUCAAGAUUUUGUGUUUAAGCGAGUGUUUCAGGACAGAUUGUUUUUCCCAAGAGAUGAAAUAGCUUUCAUCGGGUUGCUGGAGCAAUAGGCAUCCAAAGACAUCCCCCAUCUUUGAGAGGUAUCUGUCUCAAGAAGAAAUAUUAAACUAGCCAUCAGACAACAUAUGUUGUUUUCUUCUACUAAGUCCUUUAUAUACAUCAAGCAUCCCUGAUUUCAGAAGUUUGAAUCACGUGGGAGCCCACUGGCUCUAGCAAUCUGCUUCCCACAGAACAGGCUCUUUGCACUACUGCGUGCCUCCGUGUUAAUUACAGUUAAAUUACCAUCAGGAAUGACACUGACAACUUAACCUACAAAACGUCUUUACUCAGAGUUUUGAAGUUAGGAUUUCUGUAACUUCCAUCACUUUCACCUUGUUGCCAGAGAAGAGUCGAAGCUCAGCAGUCCAGAUUAGGGAACGUAAUUUGUUACGAAAAGGCAUUCUGUAAAACAUAUCCUUCCUGGUAUCACUUCCGAUGGAAAAGUAGGCUUGAGAGAAUUUUGAGCUGUUUUAUUGCGCCUUUUUUCAUGCCUCAUCUCACGUUUACCUUGUUGACCGAAGUACCACGAUUCACGUCUUGAUGGUAGAUAUAAAAUUAUUUCAAAGCCUGUUUUUGUACACUCAGUAUUUGUGAUUGAAGUCUACUCCAUCAGCUUGUUCCACAGCUAAAUAUUCUGUCUCCUGCUACAGUCUUACUCUUGACAAGAAAUUAGCGAUGGGGUAUUCAGAUGUCAGACCUGCUCACAGCAUGGUAAAUAGCCUCUUUAUUCGGGGGUACACAUCGCCCUAAAGUAAGUACUCACUUCUAAAGCACUUCAGACACCUACAAAUAAACGCCCUGCUCUUCGUUUAAAAAGCAACUCGCAGUGUUAUCCUGAAACAUCAUAAACAUAUUGUAACUAUGCCAAGAAAGUUCAAAAAGCUUAAAAAAAGCAAAACAGAAAAAUAAAUAUUGCUUUGUUCACUGACCAAUUAAGAACACCCUCUGGGCAUUCAACAAUAUUCUUUGUUCCGUGUCUUGUCUUCGCAUUGUCGUUGGGACUACUAGGAGGCAAUAGGGACUUAUCUGUACCACAAAUUUAGGCCAGAAUUCCAAACCUUCAGCAUUAACACCUAGACACGGAUGCAAUCAGUAACAACCCAGGAAAUCCUCCUAUUGCUAGCACGCUGGAAGUAAACAUGUGCUUAAGUGCUUGCAAAACCAGAGCCCAGGGUAUUACACAAAACAUUAAAUUACUUUCAAUUUGGUUUUGAUGGAUGCUUUAUUGGGCUACUGCCAUCCUUCCUUGGUAAGGGACAGUCUGUGACAAUUCUGGAGAGUGAAUAAUUCCGUAAUGCCCACCGCCUGUGAUUGAUAACUUAUUUAACAAGAUUCUGAUUAAUUACUCUUUGCAUUUUAAUCCCUUCACAGUAAUUUGAAUUAAAGGGAAACAGGAACCACUGCAAGUACUGACGCAUCUCCAUCUCCUCAGGAGAGGGGAAAGCGGGCUGGGAAGGGAAAGGAGCAGAAAGAAAGGGCUACAAAGCAGAAGGAUGAAGUAUGAAGCGUCCAUCUGUUGAAUAGCUCUGUGAUUUCUCUCACAAGUGUCAUCUCCACUCAGAGCACAGCCAUAAAACCUAAACAUUAUUUAGCGUUAGGGUUAAUUAUACCAGGAACAGGCAUUCUAGCAUCCGAUGUUGCAGCCAUGCACAAAACCCGCAUCAGGAACUCCACAGACCUCCCUAAGCCCAAUUUUUGGCAGCGCAGACCCGCAGGUCGGUGUGAUACCCAGCCCUCACCGCCUUCACCCACAUCCCACGGCUCCCCCCGCGUCUCCACGCGGAGCCGGAGCCGCUCGGGUCCAUCUUCUGAGGCGGCUGGUUGCGUUUCUCUGAAAAGCAACAAAUUUCCUUCCCCCACCACAUCACCGCCCGGCCUGGGCUUUGAGGGGCCCGGGGGGGGGGGGGCAGCUCCCGGCUCGGCUCCGCUGUGGGAGCCGGGGGGACCGGGACCGAGGCUCUCCCCUCGGCCCACCCGCACGCUCCCUUCCCGGCCCCGAACACCACCACCGGCCGCUUCGCCCCGGCCCUGCCGAGCCCCUCACGGCGGCACCGCGGCGCUUUGCUAGAAAAUUCCGAGUAAUGUAAAAGCACAUCUGAAAUUGAGGAUUUCUUGCAGAAGAACUUUUAGCCAUCUACAACUUAUGGCUUGCUAAUAAUAACAAUCUUCCAUUGGUGCCGAAACGAUGGUUUGGCAACUGAAGCAACCAAGCAUUAAUGAUCAGGACACAAGCAUGAAGAAUAUAAUUUGACAAAUAAAACAAUGAAAAGUGGCCUGUUGCUGUCAUGAUUUGCUGUCAGCAAACUGAUCACCUCAAGCAGAUCCGUGAAAAGGACUGAAGUACAGAAAGUGGGCCAGGGAACGUAUCCUCCAGUGUGAGGCACUGGAUAGAGAACUUACUAUCACUGUGGAAUGCGGAACCUAUCAAGACUGAAUCUUGUAUGGCACAAGCUCAUUGGUACUCACAAGUAUGGCUGGAGAACAGGAGAGAAGCAACUGGCAGAAUCUCAAGAAAACGAGGCAAUGGAAUUGGAGGUUCAAACUGCUUGCCUUUAAGGAGACACCCAGGGCUGCCAGACCAAGAAUGAAGAGGACAUCCCGAAGAGUUCCCCAUUUGACUUUGUUAUAAAACAGUUCCAAGGGAAGAGAUCCUCUUCUGGGAAAAGAAAAGAGCAGCCUUCAGCCAUCAAAAAAUUCUUCAGUGGCUUUGACUUUGGGAAAUCUGAAGGCAAGGAUGGAGGGGAAACUGAAGAAACAGAAAAAAACAGCUGCAGUGCUGAUGAUCAGAGUGAGAAGCAAGAUCUCUCUUUAGACGAUGAACCUUCACAUCCCGUUUCGGAAGCGGAGUCACCAUCUGGUGAGCAGAGAUUUAACCAGCUCAUGCAGAAACUGGGAAAGAAACCCAACAGCAAGAAUCUGGAUCUAAACAAUUGUGCAUUAAGUGCAGCAGAUGUAACAGAGCUGGCUUCUUUACUGCCAUUUCUCCCAGAGCUGGAGGAGAUCAGUCUGUCCUGGAAUGGUUGCGUUGGAGGGGCUCUGAAAGCCCUCACUGUGCAGCUCCAUCAUGUGAGCCUGUUACGAGUCCUUCGACUUAACAACUGCAGGCUGACAGCUGAGGAUGUCACCUCCUUAGGAGAGGCAUUUGAAAUUGUCCCUCAGCUUGAAGAACUGGAUUUAUCAUGGAACAGUAAUAUAGGUGGAAAACUAUCACUCCUAACAAAAAAACUCCCAAAAGGAUGCAAGAUAAAACUUCUGAAAAUUACAGAUUGUAACCUGACAGCAAAGGAUGGAGAAUCCCUUGCUGAAAUGCUAAAUGUGAUCCCAAACCUUGAAGUAUUGGAUCUCUCUAUCAACAAACACAUUGGCUGCAGCAUGAAGGUCAUUGCUCAGGAUCUGAAAAAUGUGCCAGGCCUCAAAGAGUUAAACUUGCACAUGUGUGGAUUAAAGCAAGACAGCCUCCAGGGCUUAGAUGCUGCCUUACAGCACCUUGCAGAGCUAAGAAAAUUAGACAUAUCAUGUAACAAAGAGAUUGGUGGUAGCUUCAAAGACGCAGCAGCUCAUUUGGCCAACUUGAAAAAUCUUGAAGUCCUUGAUCUCCACCAGUGCUGUGUAACAGAAGAAGACGUGACUGUUUUGUCCCAGGUGAUACCUUUACUCUCCAGUCUUCAAGAGCUGAAUUUAUCCUCGAAUAAAAAUGUAGGAGUCUCAUCUGCUCCUCUUCUUGGCAGACUCAGAUUUUUACCUAAAUUGAAAUCUGUGGCCAUCAGCAAUUGUGAUUUAGGUGAAGAGUCCUUUUCAUCACUAGCUGAGGCUGCCCUUCACCUUCCUGAACUGGAGAUAUUAGACCUUUCUUGGAAUAAGUGCGUUGGUGGCAACCUAAAGCUGCUUUUGGGAGCACUAAAGCUUGCAACAGAGAUUCAAGUGUUAAGACUGAGCAGCUGUAACUUGGUGGCGGAAGAUUUGGCACUUCUAACAUUGCUGACGCAGGAUGGCCAUCUAGCCAGACUACGGAAGCUGGAUCUGAGUUAUAAUAACAGCAUCUCUGACGAAGGGUGGAUGGUUUUCUGUCACAGCUUAGCAGCAUUCAAAGAACUCUCAGAGCUGGAUGUCAGCCUUCGCCCCUCGUCCUGCCGUGACUGUGGGACGUGGUUCAGUGAGCUGCUAGCAGCACUGACAAAGCUGCCUGCAUUGGCAGAGCUGGGGAUGCAAAGAUGGGUCCUUUCAGAAUCACAGCGGCAACAACUGGAAAGCUUUAAUCAAGACAACAAGAGAAACAUUCGUUUUGACUGCUGAUGGAGGUUGGAGAUUUCUGGAAAGCCUUUCACAAGCAGCAUAUGAACCAAGCAUUGUGUGUCUUUGACUUAGAAAACUGCCCAGUUUUGAGUAAUCUCUUCUCAUGAGAGCUCUUGAAAUAGUUCCAAAAUUAUAUAAAACAGUUAUUUAACCUUCUGCAUACAUAGAUCCUUCCAUUUAUUAACAUAUUCUUUCAGAUUCUCUGAGCCAUGCUUACGCUGCUAUGGUGACACUACUAUAUAUGCCUAAUCUUCUUGUGAAUACUACAAUGACUGAUGGCAAAAGAGCAAUGACGAUUUCAGAUAGACACACUGCAGGCUUGCCAGUGGAAGGAAGUGGCUGGGGUAUGCACUGAUGCAGACGGAUGGGCAGUGUGAUUAUGGCCUCAUGCCGAUAAGGAAAAUGCCUCUAAUGUAAAGAUACUUGAAAACUCUAUGUUUUAAAAUUUGGUUUCUUCUUCCCCAAAACUUCUGCCCCUUUAUGAUAGCUUUAAAGCUACAUACUUGUGAGAUUUGGAAAGCACCCCAACAACCCAGGAUUAUAUAUCAGUCCAUGAAGAAGAAUACAGAAGGAGCUGUUCUGCCUCUGCUCUGGCCCUCAAUACCAUCUGAUAGUGUAGAUGAGUUCUGCAUACAAAAUCAGCGUGAAAUCAAGACUCUUCAAUGUCAACAGAGGUCCAAUCCCCUUCUUGGUCAUCAACCCAUGCCACAGAUUCUGGAUCUCAAAAAGAGAGAACAGUCUGGUUACAUUGCGGAAAAGGGUAAAAGCAAACCAUUGUGUGGAGCAGUAUUACUGGUGGUUAUUCUUGAUGCAAAAAGUCAGACAUACCGUGGUCUCCAAAGCAACUCUUAUUCUGCAUUCAACCACAUUGUUUGCAGCUUGACUGACAGCCACCUGACUUCUUUUAUUGUGUUACUUUUUCAAGAGGAAUUCCUUACCAGGGAGGACACUAACACUGCAGUCCUCCAGACCCUCUGAGCAGUAAAUGACUAUGUCUACACAUUUUUAAAUGCCAUCACUUGGUUCAGAAGAGAAGUUUGGGAGAAACACAUUAAUUCAUGAAGAAAUAGCAGACACUACAGAAGGAGAGGAAGAAUUUUAGUUUCAGAAGAAUCAAAGGCUGAAUGUUUGCCCUUCCUUCCUUCUUGCCUCACACUUUUUUCUGAGUUAAUUUAUUCCAUGGCCCAUUGGGUGAUACAAACUGAUCUUCCUUCGGGGGAAAAAACAAACAAAUGAACAAACAAAAUGCCCCACAAAAAAAUGUGUUUUGUUCAAUGUGUCUGCACACUGUAACUUCAACUCUCUACAGUCAAAACACAGUCAACAGGAGUGGCAGUUAGAUUUGUCUCUAAACAGUGUCUUGACUUAGAGGACCUGACUUGUUUUUAGGGGCAGUUACCAUUCCCCUGUCGCUGCCCAAGCUCCAUUGCAAGUUGCAAGGGCCGUACUGCUGACUGUGACCUGGCAGGGCAGUGACAACCUUCUGCUACGUUUCUGAAAGCUGCCCAGUGCUCUAUUUCCUGGUGGUUCCCUGUGUUUUACCUUAACAUGAUCAGUUUUAGAAGUAUGGCUCCACAGUAACUGAUGCAAACGAUGUUUUAAGGUGUUUUUGAUGUUGUGCAGAGUGCUCUGUAGGUUGUUCUACAAAGUAUCUGAUUACUAAAACCACUGCUGUGUGU